AUGCAUGGGGCGGUCCUGGCUCGACGCGUUGCCGCAGGUCUGGGUCCUGAAACCACCCUCUACAUCGACCGCCGAUUUUCGGACCCCUGUACCGAGGAAGAGACGUUCCAGGCAAGGGCAUUCGAUCUGCCCCUGCGUCCCCUGCUACGGCAGGUUUGGGAGGAGUUCGAGGCGGUGGUGCUCUUUCUUCCCGUUGGCGCCGCCGUCAGGCUGGUGGCACCCAUGCUGAAUGACAAGCGCACCGACCCAGCGCUUGUAUGCGUCGAUGACGGCGGGCGGUUCGCCAUCAGCGUGGUCUCGGGACACCUUGGGGGCGCGGAUUCUCUUGCUGAGAGGGUGGCCGCCGUAUUGGGAGCGGAGGCGGUAAUCACCUCCGGGUCACACGCAACCCAGACCAUUGCCGUUGACCUGUUGGGUCGCGAGUUCGGCUGGACGAUCGAGGCAGAGUCAGCGGUUAUAACCAGGGCAAGCGCUGCGGUGGUGAAUCGGGAGGCAGUGGGGAUCUUUCAGACCGCCGGCGAACCCAACUGGUGGCCGGCGAGUUUGCCCUUGUCGCCCAACAUCAGGCGCUACGAUACCUUGGAUGCUCUUAGCGGUUCAGGAUGCGCCGCCGCUCUGGUCAUAACCGAUGAACGAGACCCGUAUAUCAGCGUUGGGACGACGUUGCAGGACGCCCUGCGCGGUACCCACGUGGUACUCUACCGGCCCCGCAGUCUGGUGGUCGGGAUGGGCUGUCGGCGUGGUGUCCCAGUUGAAGAACUGGAACGCCUGCUCGUCGAUACUUUCGAAGCGAACAAUCUCUCCCUGAGCAGCCUGGAAUGUCUGGCGACAGCAACCCUGAAACGGGAUGAACUGGGUCUGCUGGCACUGGCCGAAAAGUACUCAGCGUCGUUCUCAUGUUACGAAGGCGACGUAUUGAAUAGCGUGUACGACAGCAAUAUUGAUUUAGCAGGCAACACCAACCCGGCUGAAGUCUCAUGCGCGUCCCCAGUGCCGGAUGACGUCUCCCGCCCGGGGGAGCUUCACCCAUCGUCCAACGCACGGCGUCUGGUGGGCGUCUGGGGCGUCGCCGAACCAGCCGCCCUUCUGGCGUCAGGGGCAUCCAGGUUGUUGGUGUCCAAGCAGACCGCAAGCCGGGCGACCAUUGCGGUUGCACGCAGAGAAUACGCUCAGGGCGCCUUGGCCAAAGUCAAAUAG